AAAAGUUCAAUGAUUCUCUGUGGUCCACCUCUCAUCUCGGCUCUUACGUAAACUUUUUUAAAAGAAGAACUCGAAUUUUGGGGCUACUGUGCAUUACGUCGAUCGAGUUAAGAAAACGAACAUGUUUUCUACCGCCGGAAGAGCUGGCCUUUUGGCUGCAAAGUCGGUAGUUAACAAUUCCUUGGCUGAAAAAACACCUCUGGUUGCCGGAGCCCUAGUGAAUAAGCGGGACUAUGCUGCCAAAGCCGCAGGAAAAGGUCAAGGUAAGGUGGUUGCCGUAAUCGGUGCCGUAGUAGAUGUUCAAUUCGAGGAUAACCUUCCACCUAUCCUAAAUGCCCUCGAAGUGCAAAACCGGUCCCCGAGGCUGGUGCUGGAAGUUGCGCAGCACUUGGGUGAGAACACUGUCCGCACCAUCGCCAUGGACGGUACUGAAGGUCUCGUUCGUGGACAACCAGUUCACGACUCUGGUUCGCCCAUCCGUAUUCCGGUAGGAGCUGAGACCCUUGGUCGCAUUAUCAAUGUAAUUGGAGAGCCAAUUGACGAGCGUGGCCCUAUUCCUACUGAUAAAACAGCUGCGAUCCACGCUGAAGCUCCUGAAUUUGUGGAAAUGUCUGUGCAACAAGAAAUCCUGGUAACAGGAAUUAAGGUUGUAGAUCUACUCGCUCCUUACGCCAAGGGAGGAAAGAUUGGUCUGUUCGGAGGCGCUGGUGUCGGUAAGACUGUACUCAUCAUGGAACUGAUCAACAAUGUAGCCAAAGCCCACGGUGGUUACUCUGUGUUUGCUGGUGUAGGUGAACGUACACGUGAAGGUAACGACUUGUACCAUGAAAUGAUUGAGUCCGGUGUCAUCUCUCUGAAGGAUAAGACAUCCAAAGUAGCUCUUGUAUAUGGUCAGAUGAACGAGCCCCCCGGCGCUCGUGCCCGUGUCGCCCUGACUGGACUUACUGUUGCUGAAUACUUCCGUGAUCAGGAGGGUCAGGAUGUACUGCUCUUCAUUGACAACAUUUUCCGUUUCACUCAGGCCGGUUCUGAGGUGUCUGCUCUGCUGGGUCGUAUUCCAUCUGCUGUGGGUUACCAACCAACCUUGGCCACUGACAUGGGUACUAUGCAGGAACGUAUUACCACCACAAAGAAGGGUUCCAUCACAUCUGUGCAAGCUAUCUAUGUGCCAGCUGAUGACUUGACUGAUCCUGCCCCGGCCACUACUUUUGCUCACUUGGACGCCACCACUGUAUUGUCCAGAGCUAUUGCUGAGCUUGGAAUCUACCCAGCCGUGGAUCCCCUCGAUUCCACCUCCCGUAUCAUGGACCCCAACAUCAUUGGUGCUGAGCACUACAAUGUAGCCCGUGGUGUACAGAAGAUCCUGCAGGACUACAAGUCACUCCAGGACAUCAUUGCUAUCUUGGGUAUGGAUGAAUUGUCUGAGGAAGACAAGCUGACUGUAGCCCGCGCUCGCAAGAUCCAGAGAUUCCUGUCUCAGCCUUUCCAGGUGGCUGAAGUGUUCACUGGACAUGCUGGUAAACUUGUGCCUCUUGAGGAGACCAUUAAGGGAUUCUCUAAGAUCCUGCAGGGAGAGUAUGACCAUCUACCUGAAGUAGCAUUUUACAUGGUUGGACCCAUUGAAGAAGUUGUAGCAAAGGCUGAAACACUGGCCAAAAACGCAUAAUUAAGCUGUCUUCAAUGUUGUUAGAAUUAUUAUCUAUGUUUAGUGACAGAUCAGUAACUUAUUGCAAUAUAACUUGCAUACCUCAAAAAGGUUAUUGUAUAAUAAUCAGUCGAUGGAAAUGGUAUGUAAAUGUGAUCAAUUAUAUAUUAAAGAAACUGCCCAUAUA